AUGCUUCAGCUACAGCAGAAUCCGGGGAACUUUUUCAAACUGCAGGGGUCAGACGUUCUGAUUAACGCACCGCUGGACUUUGAGAGUUUCCAGUUUGCGGUAUAUGUCAGGAACGUAAAUGACGUGCGUCCUGAGUUUGCACAGAGUCAGUACAACCUGAACAUACCAGAGGACAACGGCAGUCCUCCACCGCCCAAUGUGGAAACCUUCAGUGCCACGGCAACCGUUACCAUCACCAUCGACGACGUGGACAACCGCCCCCCCUGGUUCCAGCCCUGUAAAGCAGCCACUGUGGGCAGCAGCAAGAUCUGCCUGAGCUCUGGAUACAGUGGCUCGGUCAACCUGACAGAGAAAACGGAGGGUGCUCUUCCGCUGGAGCCUGGCCCAGUGUUUGCCAUUGAUGGGGACUGGGGCAGGAACGAACAGAUUAUUUACCAAAUUAUGGCAGGAAAUGAGGAGGACAUAUUUGCCAUUGAUAAAAACACUGGAAACAUCAGCAUGAAGAAGCCUGCAGAUGUUCCCGGUCCUGUAGUCCUGACCGUUUUGGCCCUGCAGCAGCAGAACAGUGACCGGUUCUCCAGCAUCUCGGUGCGGUUCGAUGUGGUGCUGAAGAGCCUGCACCUGCCCCAGUUCCAGCAGCAGCAGUACCAGGGCGUGGUCCUCAGCGACUCGGGCCCCAGCAGCCUGGUUCUGGAGUCACAGGACUCGGACAGGCCUCUGCGCGUGCAGGCUACAGACGCAGACUUCUCCGACGGCAUAAACCCGAACGUACGCUACACAGUGGAGGACGAGGGCAGCAGUUUCACCGUGACGGCUGAAGGCUUCGUGCUGCUGACACGUGACGUGGCGCCGGGAAACGUCUCUUUACGAAUACGGGCGGUGGACACGACCAACGGGGAGUUUGGCACCGCGACUAUGUCCGUGGAGACGCUGCCAGAAGCGGAGCCGGAGCUUCCGCCCCCGCCCGGGGGGCGGUUCCGGGACACGGACAUGGCUGCUCUCGGGGCCAGCCUGGGUGUGCUGCUGCUCCUGAGCCUGCUGCUCGUCGGCCUGCUGCUCGUCCACAUGAAGAAGGGAAACGCGGCCUGGAGCAAGCUGUCUGAGGCCAGCCUGUUCCGCAGCAUGCUUUUCCGCGGCUCCGGCGGGACCAAAGAGGGGGUGCAGUACACCAACGGCGGCUUCCAGAACGACGGGGACACGGGCAGCGUGACCUCGGACCUCCCGGUCAAAGUGGACCUGGCGCUGGCCGGGGUGCUGGGGGCGCAGGCCGGGGAGGCGUCGCGGGAGGCCCAGGCCUCGCUGGGGGCGCGGUUCCGGGGCGACGCCGUCGACGGCGGCAGCCUGGCCGAGUCGGACCCGGCCGACGGCGAGAGGGAGGUGAAGCCCAUCCUCACCAAGGAGCGCCGCAUGGAGGAGGGCUACAAGUCCGUCUGGUUCAAGGAGGACAUCGACCCCAACGCCAAGGAGGAGGUGCGCAUCAUCCCCGACGGGGGCGAGCGCGACGCGGAGGAGGAAGAGGAGGAAGAGGAGGAAGAGGAGGAUGAAGAUGCUUCCGUGGACGGAGAGGACGGGGAGGACGUGUCGCCCCCGCCGACCCCGUCUGCGUUCCAGACGACGGAGAUCGACGACUCGGACCUGUAA